UAUACUCGUAUUGGAUCGUUACUAGGAAAGGGUAAUCUACAAAAAGAAAAAGGAAGAAAAAGAUUACGUGAAACUUCAUUGGAUAACAUUGAAGAUCCAUCUGAAAGUUCAAUGGAAAAAGAAGAAAUGAAACCAAAGAGAAGUAGAUUAAAUAGUUUUCUUAGAGCAUUUGGAUAUAAAUAUAGAAAUAUAUUUCCUUAUAUAGAUGAAAAUAGAUAG